ACCACUCUUUCAUGAGGUUUUAGGGUUCUACUACUAGGGUUCUUUGUAGGGGGAGCGCGCAAGCAAUGCCGCUCUUCAUCACCGAUGAGGAGCUCGAGCAGCUCGGUGGUGAUGUAGCGGCGGUGGUGCGCAAGGCGGACGAUGUCGUCCGCAAUCAGCAGGUCCAGCUUGAGACAGAGAAGGCUCGGGCGGACGCGGCCAGAAUCAAUGCCGAGCAGACGUGCGCGCUGGUGGAGCAAAAGUAUGUGGCGCUUAUGGAUCAGGUGGCUAGGCUGGAGAGCGAGAAGGCGCAGCUCCGCCUGGCGCUGGAGAAUAAAUCGUCCGAGCAUGCUGCAGCCCAGGCGAGAGUGCAUCAGUUGGAGCUCGAGCUGAUGAAACGAGACAGCGAUCUCGAGACUAGGGAGUUGGAGAUUAGUGAGCUUCACAAGUCGCGGAAAACAAUACUGGACGUUGUCGAGAAGAAGAACUUGGAGUUGGAUGAGAAGAACGAAUCCUCAAAUCAAUUGCUUGAGAAAGUGCUUGCUCUCACCCAAGAGAAGAGUGGGCUAGAGAGUAGAGUUCACGAACUUAUGGCCGAGCUCACCCGAUCACGGGCACAAGAAGCUCGAGUAACACAGGAAAAGGAUAUUUUUGCUGAGCAUAAUUCCUGGCUUGCUGAAGAGCUCACAACGAGGUCUGCCAACUUGCUGGAAGAGCGAAACCGAAAUGCACAAUCGGAGGCUGAGUUGCAAACCAAGAAUAUGGAGUUUGAAAGGGCUGCCAAGGAGAAAGAAGACGCUCUGGUACGAAGUCAAGCUCGUGUGAAAGAUCUGGAAACGGAAAAACAUGGAUUAAUUGAAGAAUUGCGAUUUGUCAAAGAGGAUGCUGCCGUUAAAGAAGAACAUUUAUCAAUUGAAGUUACCACUGCAUCAAAGCUGGCCGAACUUUAUAAACAAAGUUCCGAGGAGUGGUCUAAGAAAGCAAACGAUUUUGAAGGAGUUAUUAAAGCGUUGGAGGCGCAUUUGAAUCAAACUAAAGAGGAGCUUGAAGAGCAAAUUCAAAAGGAGGUGGCUGCUCGAGAGGCUUCUGAAAAGGAACUAUCCACUGCGAAAGAAAACUUUGAAAAGAGGAUACUUGAAUUACAGCAAGUAAAAAGUAUUGAUAAAGGUUUUCUAGACCUGGAUGCGGAUGCCGGCCAGCUGCUCUUACAGCAUCACAAUGAUUCGUCCGAGUUUCAUGGAGUGUCUGGAACGGCUCUUGCGGCCACACUUCUCCGGGAUGGAUGGACGCUUGGGACUGUUUACAGCAAAUAUCAGGAAGCUACAGACGCCUGGCGACACGAACGACAUGAAAGAAACCGUUGCCAAGCUUUAUUGGAUCGGGUUCUUCAUGAGAUUGAGGAGAAAGCUGCAUUGAUUCUUGGAGAACGAGCGGAGUAUACCAGAAUGCUUGAUGCAUACGGAAUUAUGGAGGAGAAACUGAAAUUGUCUAUGUCCGACCAAGCGGCUUUGGAAAAUUCCGUCAGGGAGUUGAAAGCUGAACUGCGGAGGAAAGAACGAGACUUGAAGGGCGCCACAAAAGACGUUUCUGAUCUUCAGUCUCAGGUUGCGGUUCUUCUUAAGGAGUGUCUAGAUAUCCAGAAACGUUUUGGAGUUGGAGGUGAUGAUUCAAAUAUGGACGAGGCUUCAACGGCGGGUGCUCUUGUACCGGAUAAAAGUUCUUCGGAUGCUGUUAUAUCGGAUAAACUGUUGACGUUCAAGGAUAUCCAUGGCUUGGUGGAGCACAACACCAAGCUUCGUGCCCUUGCACGUGUUCUGGCGGAACAAAAUGAAAAGAAGGAGCAAGAACUAAGAGAAGAAUUUGAGUCUCGCCUCAAAGGUCGAAUAGACGAAGCAUCUGAGAAAGUAGCCAUGGUGCUGAAAAGGGCUGAGGAGCAGGCUCAAAUUAUUGAAUCGCUUCAGGGAACUGUUGGGAUGUAUAAAAGACUCUAUGAAGAGGAGCGAGGGAUUCGUUCUACAUUCGCAGUAACACCUGGAGCACGUUCUUUAGAUGGUGAUGGACGGGAUGUAAGGAGCCUAAUGGAAACGUCACAUGAUGAAUGUCGUAGGCAGCUCAAUGCUGCUCUGGAGCAGAUGAAAACAGUUGAAGGGGAGUUGAGCCAAACCAGGCAUAGUCUUACUUCGGCUCGUGUUGAAUGCGCUCGAUUCGAGGCGGAGGCAACCUUUGCAAAGGAAAAGCUGGCGUCAUUGACGCGAGAGUCUGAAAGUCAGCGAUUACAAACGAACUCAAUACUCGAGAGAAACGUGGAGCUUUCUCAAUCUGUAACUGAUUACCAGCGUAGGCUCAGAGAAAGCACUCAAAACGUCAAAAGAGCCGAAGAUGAAGCAAGAAGACUCUCGAUAGAGGUUUCUGUUCUUGAGCGCGAGAAAGCUCUGCUGGAAUCUGCCGAAAAACGGGCUUCUCAGGAAGUAUCGCAGUUGUCCGAUCGAGUACAUCGUUUGCAGGCAACACUAGAUACCAUUGAAACUACAAAUGAAGUUCGCGAGGGAGCCUGGACAGCGGAAAAGAAAAAACUGGAGGAUGACGUGAAUCGAAUGCAGAGGGAAUGGGUCGAUGCGAAGCAUAAACUAGAACUUGAGCGUAAUUAUGCACGUAGCAUUACAUCUGAACGGGACAAGGCCAUGGAGCGCAGAGAGGCAUUGGGUCUAGAACUCAAAGAAGCGCUUGCAGCGUUGUCAGCAUCAGAAACACGUGCGAAGGUUGCUGAGGUUCGCAGUCUGGAACUUGAGGCCAACCUCAGAAGGGCAGAUGAGAAGAUUAUGGCUGUCGUUGCCGGUGGAAAGCAAAUUUCUGGAUCGGAAGAUAUGGAGAACAACGUACUGGUCACCCUUCAACAUGCUCGUGAAGAACUAGAAACGCUUAGGGAGGAGUUACUUGCCUCAAAAACCCACGUUGAGCAGUAUAAAAAUAUUGCGCAAGCUAAUGAAGAGGCGUUAAAGAAGAUGGAGGAGGCACAUUCGAAGUUCAAAGAGGAGGCCACGAAAUCAAAGGACAUUGUGGACUCAGAAUUGAAGAUACUGCAGAAGCAUCUUUCUGAGGUGGAGUCGCAUUCCCUGGAAAAGGAAAGAGAAGAUGGGCAGCUUAAUGCUAAUAGAGAAGCGGAACUUCGAAACGCUUUGAAGGAAGUGGCUUCUCUAAAGAACGCGGAGGCGCUAAAAGAAGGCGCGAUACAGCAAGCGGAAGAGCGAAUUAAAGUUUUGAAAGAGGAUCUAAGAAAAGAGCAUCAACGUUGGCGGGAAGCCCAGAAUAAUUACGAAAGACAGGUUUUGUUGCAAGCGGAUACUAUUCGCGAGCUGAGUGCGGUGAAUGAGCAACUAGCGAACCUCGAACAGCAGGAGAACAAGUAUUGUGAAAAGGCCGAAAGAGCAGAAGCAGAACUGGAAUCUGUGAAAGUAACUUUCUUCAUGGAGAAGGCUUCGCUAGAUGCGCAUAAAGCUGAUAUGGAAAAACGUUUGCAGGAGCUCGAUGAACAGAAUCGUUUUCUUUUGGAUCGCUUGGAAGCGAAGCAUAUAACCUCAGCCGAGAAGGACCGCAGGGCCUCGACGAGUGCUGAUGUGGAUGACGAAAAUCAUGAGGAGCCCGAGCUGCAGCGUGUAGUGCAGUAUUUGCGAAGAGCAAAAGAAGCGGCGGAUACGGAGAUUUCUUUACUUAAACAAGAACGAGUCCGUCUAUGUAAACAGUUUGAGGCAGCAUCCCGUUCUGCGGAAGAAGCUCAAACGAAACUACGUCAACAUCAUGAAAAUCUUCGUGCUAGUGUGUAUACUGAUGAGGAAUUUCGGGCGCUUCAGGCACAGGUUAUGGAGACGAAUAUCUUGCGCGGCAACAAUGGGCAGCUUCAGGAGGAAAUUAAGAGAGUCCUUGAUGAGAAUAAGGAAUUGCAAGGGAGGUUUCAAAAACUUGAAGAGGAGAAUGAAUCCCUUAAAAGAACUGUAACGGAAUUGCAACUCGAACUUCACGCCCGUGCACAAGAAGUGGAAGUCUCAAAAGCCGAAACUCGUCGCUGGGAACAAAGAUGUACUCAGAUGUUGGAGAAGUACAAGUCUCUAGAUGUCGAUGAUUAUGAAAGAGUGAAGGCUUUGCUGGUACAGACACAGGAACGAAUUGGCUCAGAGACGUCGAUGUGGCGCGAAACCAUCGCAAAGUAUGAACAGGAGCUUGCUCUAAGAACCGAGACUCAAGCAGAAUUAGAGCGAAGGUUUCAAGAUGCUGUAAAAUUAGAGGCGUCUCUGAGAGCCGAAGUCGAGAGAAACAGGAAGAUCUUGACCCAAACGAAGCGGAAAUAUGAGAAGGACAGAGAAGUGAUGCAAAAAGAAAUUGAAGAACUCAAGUCCGGCAAGUUGCCGGUGCAUCAAGAAGCGCUCGAGGCAUGCCAAAAGGAGUCUGCAUUGCGGUUAGAACAAGCUCAAAGAGAAAACGUUGCACGUUACGAGCUAGCUCAACGAGAGGCGAUCGAGAAAGACUCAAGAAUUCAAACGCUCGAGAAAACCUUGGAGAAAGAAAGGGAUAAAUCGAAAUCUAAAAUCGAUAAAGACAGGACGGCUUUGAUGGAGCUGCUGCAAAAAGCAACCACGGAAAAACAACGAUUUCUCGAAGACCUGCAGGCAGUGAAACAAGAAAACGAGCAACUACGACAGUUGCAGCAAAUCCAAGGAGCUGAGACUAGCACCACCAUCAUAAACGCGGAGGCGAGCUCUAAAACUUUUUCUGCGACAGUUGAACAACUGAAUGAUAUGGCUGCCGAGCUUACUCCAGCACCAGUUGUCGCAGCCCCUGAGCACGAAACUUCUACAACACCACCAGUUGCCAACGUGCCUCCUCCGGCUGUGCUAGCUCCGGCUUCGGCUCCAGCUCCGGCUCCGGCUCCGGCUCCGGCUCCAACUCCGACUCCGACUCCUCCUCCAGUCCCCAUGCAUCUAAGCAUAGUGAGGCCGUCGGUUCCGUUCCCAAGAGCUGUACAACGGCCGCCAUCAGCACCUAUUCUGGAUGAUAAGUUGAGGGCAAUGCAAGCGCUUCGUGCAAGUAUCAUCGAGAAAGAGAAAUUCCAAACCCAAACUCGUCGCUCUGGGAGGCGUAUAAUCCGGCCUAGGAUGGAGACUUCCAGCCAAUCCGACUCUGCAGCGGAAGCUGUGGAAUCCUCGUUGGACGCGGCUGGCGAAGGGACUUCCGAGGCCGAGGGCGAGACUGCUCGAGUUCCUGACGCGGUGGUGGAGAAUGACAUGAACGCACUAGUGGCAAUACCUAUGGAGAUUGCGGUGCCUGCUGGUCACAAGAGAACGUCGUCAGAGAGCUUGGACACCGAGAACAUACAGCAGCAAGACUCUAGAAACGAAGUCUUGCCACCUUUAAAGAAGGCCAGGAACGACGAGCCAGCCACAGAGCCAGAAGUGGACGCUGCUACUACGACUGCAGUGGAGGAACCAAAGCUCCAGGAACUUGAUGAAGAGCAGCAGGAGUUACCGUCGCUGGAGGGCGCUGAUCUUGCCGCAGACAUUGCCGCUCCUCAGAGGCGGGUCCGUUUCUCUCGUCCGGAGUCUUUGCUAGAUGACUUUGAUGGAAGUGGCAGCAAGCUCAAGGAGAAGUCGCCAGAGCUGCAGCUAGCGCAGGGAAGUUCUUCCGGGACAGCGGACGAGCCAGUCAUUGAGAUCUCUGAGCCGAAGUCGCCUGUAAUGUUCGAGUUCCAAGUGGACGUGGAACCGGAGCAAAAGGAGACAACAGAGGCAGGAGAAGCGACGGGUAACGAGAACGACAACGGGAUGAGUCUAGACGUGGAAGACGGCGAGAUUUCACUUGGAACUGUGGAGGAGGCUGGAACAGAAGGAGAGUUUGAGAUGGAAGACGUCAAAGAGCAGGAAGAGCUUGGCAAAGACGCAGGUCAGGAGACGACUUCCACCGAGAUGGCGGCCGAGACUUCUUUCGAGCAAGGAGAGGCUGCCGGAAUGGCUGAAGCUGAAAGACCAAACCCAGGAGCAGUAACAGGAGGAGUAACAACACCACCAACAGGAGGAUUGUCGGGAGGAACACCACCAGCACCAGCAGUGACAAGCACCACUAUAAACUUGAACGAGAGGGCCCGGGAAAGAGCUAAGGAGAGAAAGCGGAGUGCUGCGUCUCCUUCGUCCCCAGAAGCACUGAGGAACCGGGUUGUCCGAGCACCGAAAACUAACAAGGGCGGCAGAGGCAGGGGUGGUAGAGGGAACCAGUGAAGUUCGUCAAGCAUUUCGCUUCUAAAAGGGCUAGCCAGUUAGUUCUCUGAGGACUAAAAUUCUCCUAAAUGUUGUGAGUUAAAUAAUUUCUAUCGUAGUAAAAAAACCUAUAAUUUAUGUUUUAAAUAAAUUUUUAGGGUGUAACUUA